AUGUCAGACGGACCGUUUCUUUACUCCGAUGUGACGAUCGAGUCACCUGAAUUCAAGAAGAAGCCACCAUCUCUCCAUCUAUCUUGCCAGUCCUCCAACACAUCGUUGAAAUCGGCUGGUUCAACGUAUGACAUGGAAACAGCCUCCAUCCAUUCAGAGGAAAGUAGUGGUUUCAAAAGAGGCUCGGAUUCAGGAACUGUCAUUCUCUGCUCUACUAGAAACUCUCAGUCUUCAUCUUUUACUAUGGAAGACGUAAGUACUAGAUCAUUGAAGAGAAUUCAACUAUCGCUCAAAUGUAAUCUCAUAAAUAAGGCAUCAUUAUUAUUAUUAUAUCAAAUGGCAGGCGUCUUGAUGGUUAUCAUUAGGAUAUCAAAUGGCAGGCGUUUUGAUAGUUAUCAUUAG